AAGGUCAGAAUAGCAUAGUACAUCGAUGCAGAAGACAAUAGAUAUCGUGAGAGAGAAAAGAUAGCAUAUGUGCCUUUUCAUUGUUCCUACUGUCGUGUUGUGUCUAUUGGUCCGAAUGUUGGAAGCAUGGAGGCAAAAAGCAAAGGCCAAGAAUGGCGGCACAAUAAUUUCCAAAAUCAACCUUAACCUUGGUUAAAACCCAUAAAUUUCUCUCACACAUACGCCCUACUCUGAAAAAAAAACCUAAGAAUUGAGACACAAGUCUUAUAAAAGUUGACCUUAAAGGGAUAUGGAAAACGGUGUUAAAGUCGGCGGCGGCCGUUGUUCAGUGGUUGCAAAAAAUUUACAGCCUUUUAACCUUUUUUCUCCUUCUGACACCCGUAGCACCGCCUUCAGAUCCACAGGUGAGAAUGGGAUGGCUGCAAGCGGUGGGUUUCCUUUUACAUCUGCUCAAAGAAAGGAGCUUGAUAGACAAGCUAUGAUUUAUAAGUACAUGAUGGCCUCUGUUCCUGUACCUGCUGAUCUUCUCUUUCCUACAGCUUCAAACCCUUCAAUUUCCUUGACUGGUGGAGAUCCUCAUCUUGAAAGGUGCAAAAGAACAGAUGGCAAGAAAUGGAGGUGCUCGAGAGAUGUGGUGCCCCAUCACAAGUACUGUGAGCGCCACUUGCAGAAAAGCCGUCCCCGUUCAAGAAAGCCUGUGGAACUCAAAAACAAUGGCAAUAAUAAGAAAAGCCCUCUUUUUUAUAAUCCUAAAACUGUUAUGAGUACUAUUUCUUCAUCCUCUAGUCUGAAAUCUGAGAGGGGUACGGCGUUGAUGGAACGUGGGAUGGAUGCAGGGCAACAAUGGCAGCAUUUGGUGGACGCAAGCGUUGGAUUUGGGGAUGAGGGCUCGAUUUAUAGUUCUAUUGCCUCUGUUUUUCAUCGAGAUUAUGUACAACAGCAGCCAUUGAAUAUGUUUUCUUACGCAAAUUUUCCAGCUUCCGAAGAUGUUUUUAAGUGCAGUAGUGGUGGAGAAUCCAACGUUGGAGCAUUUUUUAAUCCUGAUUUGGUGUUUUCGGACAAACAGCCGCAGAAUGAGACCUCAAGAGGUUAUAUUGAUGCCUGGUCUAAUGAUUAUUUCAACAACAAUGAGAAUGGCAAUUUUGAAUCCUCUGCACAAGGGAACCUCUCGGCUUGUUCACUCGAUCUAUCAAUGGCUGUAGCUGCUGGAAACGUCUUGGAUGAAGAAAUGAGAAAGAAUCAAGUGGACUGUGGUGUUGAUGACUCUGAUGGCCAUUCAAGAUUGUUAAGCCCUGUUUCUUGGACGCGUUUUGCUCAGGGUGGACCGCUUGCUGAGGCUUUACGACCUGGAUCUGUUGCUGGAGGUGGAGGAGGAGGAGGAGGAGGAGGAGGCUCAAAUCCAGCUUCUCCCUAUGAUUCAAUAAGCACCCCAGCAACUAAUGUUUCGUCCCCAUCUGGUGUUCUUCACUGGUCAUUGUUUUCGCAGUCUGAUAUCAGUGUUUGCAAUAGCCCGACAACUCUUGCAGCUGCUCCAACAGCUACACUGGAAGGUUUUGCAUUCCAGCAUCUCAAUUAGGCUGAUAAGAAGAGAAGCCAACAAAAUUUCUUGAUUUUGGGCAUUUUUAUCUUUUCAAUGAUCUAUUAUUGCUUUUUUUACUUGGUUUGAGAAGUCGAUUGCUCAGAUGAAUUUAGAUAUCAGAAUCGAAUGAAUGCAUAGUGUAAAGGAGUUGUUUACUGUUUUAAAUUAAUUAAAUUUAGGUUACUUGGGAAUGA